GAUCGGGGCUUGAGACAAACUCUACAUUUCUCCAUCCACCUCCGCUUCUCUCCUCACUUGCCAUUUCUCCUCCGAAUCAGCGGAUGCUGCUGUGAAGAAGAGCUUGAAGCCUGAUGUCAUGGCCUCUGCACGGUUUUGUGGUAGCAACGGCUGGUAUGUCCCGUCGCAGGCUCACUGCUCGGACAACGAUUGACGAUGCCCCUGGCUUGAAGAUCUUGCCCAUCGUUGUCCUUGUCAUGAGUCUCUGCUUCAUCGGCUUUGUCACCACUCUUUAUGUGUUUGGCAAGCUCUAUCGCUCCAAAUCUAGAGCCAGAGCAUGAUUCAUGUCCUGAACACCAUUCCUGUUUCGGAUCCUUUUUUUAGUCAUGUUUCAAUUUUAGCUCUGUAAAUGAUGGCAGGAUUGUAGUAUCUAAUGCUUUUCUUGUGGAUUUUUUACUUCUUGUAUGAUUUUUUCUUUUCGAAAUGGAUGGAUGAGUUUCUCUGCCUUUUCAUAUCGCCUUUUUCUUUCUUCCACUGUUUCUUUAGCGUUGAAAUGCUAGACAUGUCAAUUCAGUUUCUACUAAGGAUUCUCAAACAAUCAUUCAGAUUGUUGAUCUUCUUUUUGUGCAACUGUGGUUAGUAGUUAAUUGCUACACGCCAAUUUUGUUCUUACUUCUAAUGGUUACGGUUUAGAUCCUUUAGCUUUUGUAUGGAUUAGCAUUUCUUUUUUUUUGACAAAUUGUUUGCUUUAGUUUUAUUGUUUGAGUGAUUCGUGCUUGAAGGUUUUUUUGGAUUAUCAUUUUGUAUAGAAAAUGAACACAACACGACUGA